ACUAGUCUCGGAAGGAGGGGGAGGGGGAGGAGGCCGAGGGGGGAGAAGGGGGCUGGGGGGAACAAAAGGGAAGCAGCUGCUAAACGUCCUGAAGGAGAGACCCACAGAGUCCGUGAGGCCGCACAGACGGGGACAGACAGACGGGCACCCAGACGCCCGGGGGGCAGCUCGCGGGGAGCCGGCCCGGGAGACCCCCAGGGCCAGGGGGCCCGGGGUGGACAGACACAGGCCACAGACAGGGAGACAGGGCGAGCAGACGGGGAGGGGGUGUCAAAGCCAGAGAGCCCAGACGGCCAGCCAGACGGAGAGAUCGAGGGACAGGGACAGGGAGCGAAGGAGGGGACAGGAGCAAGGAAGGAGAGAGGAGGGGGAGAGGGGUCCCAGUAGCAGGAGGAGGAGCAGGGGGAGGGCAGCAGACAGAGGCCGGCAGCCUUUGAAGAAGGAGCAGCCGCGUCCCCAGGGCUGGGGUCAAGCCAGGUCGCCGGCCCGCGGGGCGGCCGGCCAGCAGCAUGAGCGGCUCGGCCCUCCUGAGGAGCAGUUCCGGCAAACGGGGCCUGGACAAGCUGGUGAGAUGAUGAAGCCGGACUUCGCGGCCACAUUCACCACCCCCUUAGUGCACCAGCCCUGCAUGGGAGGCGCCACAGGGCCGUGGCUCACCACUCAGCGGAGCGCGGAAGAUGAGGAGGAGGCCGCCCGGGAGCGGCGCCGCCGGGAGAGGGACCGGCAGCUGCGGGCCCAAGACAAGGACGGAGGCGGCCAGUCCCCCAAGCUGCCCGAGCAGGAGACCCUCCUCAGCCUGAAGCCCUCAGAGGCUCCAGAACUGGACGAGGAUGAGGGUUUCAGCGACUGGUCCCAGAAGCCGGAGCAGCAACGGCAGCACUGGGGGGCCGGGGAGACCUCCAGCUGCGGGGAGCCCCCUUGGGGCGAGAGUCCGGAGGGGCAGCAGGAGGCGGACAGGUCCCACCAGCAUGCCUGCAGGAACCAGGAUGGAAAUGAGCAGAGCCCAGCCAGCGUUUGCCUGGAGGCGCUGCAUCUGAGCCCCAGCUCAGAGCUCCAGGAGGGGCCGGCAACAGAGGAGAUAGAGCCCAAGAGCCCAGAGGGGACCAUGAAGGGCAGCCUGGGGCCAGCAGAAGCUGAGGAGGCAGAUGAGCAGCACCAGAAACGCCAGCAGCCCAGGACACCCAGCCCCCUGGUCUUGGAGGGCGCUGCUGAGCAGGGCUCGCCUCCCCUGAGCCCCAGCACCAAACUCAUCGACAGAACCGAGUCCCUGAACCGUUCCGUCAAGAAGAGUAACAGUGUGAAGAAGUCCCAGCCAGCACUGCCCAUCUCCAAGAUUGAUGAGCGGCUGGAGCAGUACACCCAGGCCAUCGAGACUGCUGGCCGGACCUCCAAGCUAACCCGCCAGCCCUCCAUUGAGCUGCCCAGCAUGGCCGUGGCAAGCACCAAGAGCCGGUGGGAGACAGGAGAGGUGCAGGCUCAGUCCACUGCCAAGGCCCCCUCCUGCAAGGAUAUUGUGGCUGGAGACAUGAGCAAGAAAAGCCUCUGGGAGCAGAAAGGAGGCUCCAAGACAUCAUCGACAGUUAAGCAGAGCACCCCAUCUGGAAAGAGGUACAAGUUCGUGGCCACCGGACAUGGGAAGUAUGAGAAGGUGCUCGUGGAUGAGGGCUCGGGGCCCUAGGCAGCCCUUCCUGCUCUCCUGAGACUACGGGUGCCUCUGGCAGCAACCUCCACGCUCGAGGGGGAGAGUCCAGCCUGAUGCCCACCCUAGCCCUGCCAUGGGAGCCACUGCCAUGACCUGCUUGGCCUGCCCGCACCCCUCCAUCAUCCAGCACAAUCGCCACCUCUCUGCUCCUCCACCCCCUUGACCUCUCUCCCCUCCCACUCUCUGACCCCCACUCUGCCUCUCAUGGCAGGGGCAGGAAAGGGACUGUCACUGGUGAUUGACCCAAGGGGCCACCCCCACAGAGGCCAAGGCUUCCCAAGGAAGGCCCAGGCUGGGCAGAGAGAGAACACCUGCUGGGGAACCUCCAGAUCAAGAGACAGUGAAUCCUGCACCACGUUCUCAGACCCUGCCCCGCCCCCCUCCAACCCCUGCUUGCAGCCUCCUCCUUCUAGUGCAAUAAAGCUCCUCGUAUGUU